UCAGCUGUGCGUCUUCUCAACGGCCUCAAGCUCUAAUCAGCCAAUCAGAGGUGAUUACCAGGUUGCACCACAGCCAUGCUUGCUGUUGCUGUUUCACGCUGAACUUCUUGCAGGUGACCUGAACCAACAUGGGGAGGUUGAAUUUUUAUGUCCUUUGGUCCCUGCGUGACGCCCCCCGCCAGUUCAUCAGCAAAUCCAACCGCAGUUGCUUUCAAGUCCACAUCCCACUGCCUCUUCCCAAACACCUUAUCAUCUUUGGCCUUGGAGAAUGGAAAUGCAGCGAGACUACAAUCUCUGUAGAUGUCCUGGUCAGUGCAGAAGUACCGGCCCAGAAAAUUGGGACUCUUUCGGCUCAAGCAAGGUGCUUGACCUGGGAGGGUGACUGGAGCCCUGACAUUGUCACAGUGGCAGCAGAGAGAGGAAGGAGAGGAGUUUAUGGCAAGAUUAUUCUCACAGUGUGUGGAGAGGCUUGUGACCAGUCACAGGCUUGUGACCAGUCACAAGAUAAAGCCAGUGUCUUCAGCAGUACACCUCUGGUUCAAAGGAAAUGUCCGUUCCAAGAGCAGCAGGAUGCCACCGAUCUCUCUUUAACGUUACACCAAAGUGCUGUAAAUGAAACGAUAACCUCCAACUCCUCACACUUGGGUGAUAGUGUUUGCUGUGCUGACAUUCAAAUAAAUAAAAUUGACACCAGCGAUUCCACUAUGGGAACUAAACCCCCAGUUUGGCCUACGGAUAAGACACCCAGACGAACUGUUAUUAGUAAAAGAGGCCGGCUGACGUGGAGCUCUGAGGACGUGGACAGUCUCACACAGGACAAAGACCAGGCUUCAAUCCCCAAGAAAAUGAGGCUGUCCAGAAUGAACAGUCAAGAGGAAAUGGCCGCUCAGAUAAAGAAUGACAACAGAGAAGUUUCAGUGUGUCCAUCAAUGCGCUGGAGCCAUACGAUGUGUCUGAGUGACCCCGACACCGCCAUCCUCAUUGGAGGGGAGACUGCCGAUCAAAGCUACUGCAAGGACUCCCUGUGGAAGCUCGAGUUAGACAGUGACUUCUGGUUCCCCAUGAACUCCUCUGUCUCUGGACCCAUACCACCGUGUGCCCGAGGACACUCUGCGACCUAUGACCCGGACUCUAAGUCGGUCUUUGUGUACGGUGGCCUGAGGGAGGGCCAGCGCUACAGCGAGCUGUACAUCCUAAAUACCGUGACAUGGAAGUGGAAGCUUGUGACUGCUAAAGGAAAUGUUCCAUGUUUGGCAUAUCAUUCUGCAGCCUUCUAUAAGAAAGAGCUUUUUGUCUUCGGCGGAGUUCAGCCGAGCCAUUCUUCUGUGGAUAAAUCCUGCAGUAAUGCCCUGUACAUCUUUAACCCAGAGUUUGAACUCUGGUACCAGCCGAUUGUGGAAGGGGACAGACCUCUGCCUCGGUUUGGCCACUCAGCCACACUGAUGUCACAGAAGUUGAUAAUAUUUGGUGGACGGAAGACAGCUACCUACCUUAAUGAUCUCCAUGUUCUAGAUCUGGGAUUCAUGGAAUACACAGCUGUGAAGUGUGGGAACAUGCCACCACUGCCUCGAGGGUUUCAUGCAGCUCUACCAGUUUCAGACAACAGGAUUUUAGUCAGUGGAGGUUGCAGUGCAAUUGGAGCCCUGCAGGAUGUACAUAUUUUCAAUACUGACACAAACAUGUGGAGCCCAGUGAUGCCUCAUGUGCUUUGCUCGAUUCCUCGUGCCGGACACAGCAUGAUAAACUUUGGCCGCUCCAUCCUGACGGAUGCAGAAAAGCAUGAACGGGGUGAAAAUGUCAGCGUCUUCUGCACAUUGCUUGUGUUCGGUGGGUCAGACUGCGCCGGUACCUUCUACAACGACACAGUCAAGUGCACAGUGGAGAUUCCUGGUGACAAGUGAUGGGGGGGGAAGAUUCAUUCAGGACAAUUGUUUUUAGCAUUUUUAAAAUGGUGGAGCAUUCUGUGAUCUGCACUGACAGAAAAACAACUGUAAAAGUCAUAUGUUUCUAUGUUUAUAAUUUUUGCAUGAUGUAUUCUGCAGCUUAGACUUUUAUGGUUGCGUCCUUUUUUUAUUCCUAUUAUGAAUCCUUUUAAUAACCAUCCAGAUUUCCUCCAUUUUGGCAAUAUGCGGCUACAGUGAGCUCAGAGAUUUUGUACUUUGCAUAACAAAUCUCUGAUCUGCAUGUUUAACACAUUACUUUAUGUCCUCUUCCUUGUCUCCCACAUGCCAGUAUGUAUUUGAGGGUAAAGUCAAAAAU